AUGCAGUCAUUAGCACCAUGGAAUCCGUCAUUCUCGUCAGCACUUUCUACUGAAUUAGAGAAAAGUCGGUUCAUAAGUUUUAACUUUUCAAAUACAAAUGAGCAUGGCUGGCCAUCAACACGCACAUGCGUCUUUCGCGGAUUUUUGUUUAACGACCGCAGCACAAAUGUUAUUCUUUUCACCACGGAUAAAAGGUCAGCCAAGUAUAGGGAACUUUUGAAAGACUCCAGAUUUGAGGCCUGCUUUUAUUUCACACGACUUAACAAACAGUUCAGGAUGAGAGGCCAUGCAAGGGUUAUAUCGGACGGCUUAUAUCCGGAGCUGCAUAUAAUGGAGAGGGAUGAGGAAGCAGUUAUGAGCAGUGCAGAGGACGAUGAUGAGACCAUAAAAAGCAGGAGUCAAAGUGGGAGUGGGUCACCAAUAGCUACUCCAACACCGGAACAAAGUGAUGCCACGGUAUUUGAUCUUUUCACAGAUAAUUUAGAGCAAGCUAACAGAAAACCCAUCAAUGAUCCAUUAGAAUAUGUCGUGAUAUCGCCAUCGGUGCCGGAGCAAGAAAAGGAUGCUUCUUUUACCUCAUUACAAGACAUGAUGCAGAAUAGACACAGUUUCCAACAGGCUAAAAAGGAGUAUCUACAACUUCGCCUGAAACCACCCACUACAGAAGAAUGGGCGUCCGAACGUCUCCGUUGUUGGAAUAUGAUGUCACGAAAUGCUAAAAAGACAUUUAAGAAGCCCAUGCCUGGGUCGUUGUUGACAGAGGAAAAAUCAAAACUUUUGGAUUCAAUUGAUCGUAAUGUUGAUGGAACGACUUCGUCUUCUGGUUAUGAAAACUUUGCUGUUGUUUGUCUUUUUGUGGAUGUUGUUGACUACUUAGACCUUGGGGCUGGGGGUGCAGAUUCCAGGUACGUUUAUAAGCGACUGAUCGGCGAUGAUUGGAAGGAGUACCAGGUUUGCCCAUAA